GAGUAACAGAAAAGAAAUCGGUAUCGUUUAUAAGGAAAGAAUUUUUCCUGGUUUAUACUGAAGUAUUUUGUUAAUAUGGGGAUUAAUUACAUAUUAGAAAUAUGAAUUGGUCCACCACUUCAAAGUACAAUAUUGAACAAAAUCAGUCAAAUUUAUUUAUUGAAAAUAAUACAGAUUACUUUCCUUGCUAUACUCUAUCAAAUAUGAAGUUUCUUCAUAAAAUAGUUUACCCAUUUCAAAAUGAAGUUGUUCAGAAUGAAUCUAAAAAGUAUUUACAUGAUCAGAAACAACAUAAUAUGAAUUCAACAAGUCAAGAAUAUGAAAUGCUGGAUCAAUUAUGCAGUGUUGAAAACUAUCAGGACAACUACACUGAGAAUUAUCCUCAUUAUUAUUCAGUAACAUCUACAUCUCUACCGGAAUCAAUAAAUUCUCAAUCAAUAAACAAAGAAAGUGUAUCAUUUGCGGAUAAACUCUAUGACUCUUGUUCCUUACGUAUUAAUACUAAUAAUCUUGAUAAUAAAAUUCAUAAUUACACAAGACAUCACGAUGAUUAUACAGAUCUAAAAGCUAUACCUACUUGUUUGAAAUGCUAUCACUCUACUUCAAAUUAUCAACAAUAUUCUAUACAAAAUUAUCUCUGUGAUCAAACCACUACUGAAAUGUAUAAAUAUAAACAAAUUCCAGAUUAUUUCAAUUCUGACAAAUGUGAUAAUUUUAAAGAUGUAAAACAGAUAGGUAUGGAGUUAAAUAAGGAAGGAAUUAGUGUGGUUGGAACAAAGACUUUAAUAUGUCGAUGGAAAUCAUGUCGCUUGACAUUUACCGAUCAUAAAUCAUUUGUAAAUCAUAUUGAAUCAUCACACGUUACUUCACAUAUAUCGAAUAAAGAAUAUUACUGUUAUUGGGAAGGUUGUCGACGUCAAUUGAAACCAUUCAAUGCGCGUUACAAAUUAAUUGUUCAUCUACGCAUUCAUAGCGGUGAUCGACCAAAUAAGUGCACGUACCCUGGUUGUAUCAAAGCGUUUUCUCGUCUGGAAAAUUUAAAAAUUCAUAUACGUUCACAUACUGGUGAAAGACCAUUUAUUUGUCAACAAGACGGUUGUGAUCGUACAUUUUCGAAUAGUUCUGAUAGAGCGAAACAUCAACGUACACAUAUACACACUAAACCAUAUGCAUGCAAAGUAAUUGGUUGUGCCAAACGGUAUACAGACCCAAGUUCUUUACGAAAACAUUCAAAAUCGCAUUCGAUUUUUGAAUUAAGUCAAUCAUCAAAAAGUGAUGUUAUCAAAGAAUGUAAACUAAGAAAAGAUUUAAAACUGAAUUGUUCUAAUCAGUUAAAUAUUCUCGCACAAAAUCAAAAAACGAUCAUUUUCCAGGGAGAUAUAAAUUAUUCACAAAGGUAUUAUCCAGAAAACAAUACUGUUUCAUAUAGUAUUUAUGGGUCAUUUAAUGACACAAUACCUUCUUAUUGUAUUCAAAAUAACUUAAAGUUAUCUAACAGGAAUUGUACAAAUAUUCAAUCUGAUAACAUGACAAAAAUAACUAAUGAUUUACCCUGUUCAUACAUUUCAUCCCAUCAGUCUACUAAUGAAAAAACACUUUAACUUAUUCAUGUAUGAUAACUGACAUGGAUUUAAUAACCCAAAUUGUUUCGUUGUUUUAUUGUUAUAUAUUUUGUGAGAAUUUCUCUGAAUCCGUCAAUUAUUUUUAUUCAUGUAUAUUAAUCUGUAUAAGAAUACACUAUUUAUCAUGAAGAUAGUCAUCCAUAUCAAUUUAAGGUUGAUGUAAAUUCUCCAUCACAAUGUUCAUAUUUUGAUCAAUUUAAUUCAUAUGAAAUUGAUCAUACACCUAAACUCAAAUAUCACUGGAAUGAAGAUUCAAAAUACACUUACCACCACCACCAACACAUUAAACAAUAUUGAACAAAAUAUUAAUGGUUUCAAUUCAAAUUAUUAUUAUAAUUCAUGGAUGACCAUUCAUUUAAAAGACAAAAAAGUGUUUUCUUUUUUUCAGGAAUCAAUACUCAUAGAAAACGGCAAAUUUUUUAUCUAUUGGUUUUCUCUAGUAUUUAAUCUUUGAAUAUUGGAUUAUUAAAUUAUUUCUGUUUUUCAAUAUAACUGGGGUUCUGUCAACAAGAACAACAAGAACGACAAAACAGAACAAGAAAUUUCAAUGUUCAUUUUAAUAAUUUCAUGAGGUUCUUGUUUUAUUAACUAUUUGUUACAAUUGA